AUGGCGAAAGCAUCCUUCAACAUCGUCAUCCCACUCGAGGACGACGCACCAAUCAUUUCGGAUAUCCACCUCCGCGCCAUGAACGACAACCUUCUCACCCAUGCACAGUUUCCUACUCCCCAGGCAUUGGAAUAUUUCCGCAGCUGGAUCACCAAAAACACCGCCGAGCACAUUGCCGACGCAGACAAGGGGGUGCUUGUUGCCACGGACCCGACAACGGGCGAGAUUGCCAGCUUCAUCAAGUGGUUAGAGUAUGGAGCGGAUGGGGAGAGCGCCUCGGCCGAGGACGAAUGGCCGGAAUUUUGUGGCCGGCAGAUUAUACAAGAGUACACGGCUAUCGCGGCUGAUGCCCGUAAGAAGACUCUAGGCGGGAGCGGAUAUUGCCCUUCAGCACUGUUUCGAGAACUAGAAGACGUAGCAUCCGCCGCCGGCAAGGCAAUAAUCCUGGAGGCCGUGAUGCCUGCGGUGCCGUUUUACAAACGACUGGGUUUAGACAUUACGAUGCAGCUACAGCUGAUGCUCCCGCUCCGCGGGUCAAAAGCUCGAACGGAGCUAUACAUGGAAGAGGUCAUGGUGUGGAUGCCACCGUCGCUCCGACAGAGCGAGCAGCCGCCGCGCGUCAUCGACUCGAGAUCUGGUCUUGCAAAACCAUUCACCCCAGGUGCGGCCUGA